AAUGGGUGGACGCAGAAAAUCAAACAAAAUUCAAAAAAGGGAAAAAAUGUAGACUAUAAGAACCAUUUUUGAUUGUGCAUUAUGUGGAUACAAAAAUUGUGUCAUUGUUAAAAUGUAAAAAUAAAAAAAAUGAUCAGAAAAAAAAUAAUUAAGAUGGCUGAGUUAAAUUGUGACAAAUGUUAAGUGCAAUUUAAAACAAAGAUAAAAGGAUUAGAUGAAGCAAUAGAUGUUUUCCAUAAAUGGAUUGCUGAAUUAAAAAAAUAAAAGUUGACUAAAGAUACAAAUGAAUAAAGAUUUGAAGAUAACUCAAGUAAUGAUGAGGAUUCUAGAAAAGAUGUGGAAGGUAGACUUUUUUAUUUAUUUUUAAAAGGUAUUUUAAAGGAACAUGAAGAAAAAGAUAAUAAAGCGUAAUACAGUUCUGACUCCUUAAAUGAAAUAAAUUCUAAAAAAGAAAAGGGUUAGGAUAAUAAUUAAUAAAGGAAGAAAUUAAGAUAAAAAUCAGACGAUGAAGAAAAUGAUAAUGAUAAUAAUAAAAAUAAUAAUAAUAAUAAUAAUGAGGAAGAAGAUGAAGAUGAAGAUGAUGAUGAUGAUGAUGAUGAUAAUGAUGAUUUAUCUGAUGUUUCUAAGAUUGAAUAAAAUAUUUCUGAUUUUGAUAGUUUAAUUAGCAAUGCUGAUGAUGAUGAAGAAAUUAUUAAAAAAAUCAAGAAAUGUUGA